CAGCAUGCAUCGCAUCGCCGCUCUGCAACGUAGGCACUCGGCAAAUACAGGCGGCUGGCUUACUGUGAACGUAUACCGAGGUUACAAUGGCGAGUCCUCGGACCAGGAGGGUUUUAAAAGAAGUGAGAACUCAGGAUGAAAACAACACAUGUUUUGAGUGUGGGGCAUUUAACCCCCAAUGGGUGAGUGUCACCUAUGGAAUAUGGAUUUGCCUGGAGUGCUCUGGCAAACACCGAGGCUUGGGGGUGCACCUUAGCUUUGUGAGAUCCGUCACCAUGGACAAAUGGAAGGAUAUUGAGCUGGAGAAGAUGAAAGCAGGCGGAAAUGGCAAGUUUCGCCUCUUCCUGGAGAUACAAGAGGAUUAUGACCCCUGUUGGACUCUGCAGGAGAAAUACAAUAGCAGGGCAGCUGCGCUUUUUAGAGACAAGGUAGCAACAUUAGCUGAGGGGAAGGAGUGGAGCAUUGAUACAUCCUCUGCCAAAGACUGGACACCCCCACAAGCCAAGGCUGGUCUCUCCUCCUCACACCGCAGUUCAGCCGGUCCAGCGAAAAGCUCAGGACUCUCUUCAGAAAAGGCUUUUGAAGACUGGCUAAGUGAUGAUGUCAACUCCUACCAGAGUGGUGGCGGAUACAGUGGUCAAGACAAUCGCUACGUGGGCUUCGGCAACACAGUCACUCCUCAGAAGAAGGAGGAUGACUUCUUGAACAAUGCGAUGUCCUCUAUUUACUCGGGUUGGAGCAGUUUUGCAACUGGAGCUACCAAAUUUGCAUCUGUAGCUAAAGAUAAUACAACAAAACUUGCCACCCAAGCAACUCAAAAGUUAAGGGGCUAUAAACCUCCUCCAGAGCCGGCUGCAGAGUUAGGCCAGACAUUAAAUGAGAAUGUUAUCAAACCUACCCACGAAAAGGUUAAGGAGGGCAAGUUGCUUGACGACAUGACAACCGGCUUCUCUGAGCUGGCUGUAAAGGUUCAGGGGGCUGGCUCCAAGGGCUGGAAGGACAUGACUUCUUUCUUCAGUGGGAAGACCGAGGACCCCACAGACAGGUCGUCGGUAGGUGGUAGCUACCAGAACAUGGACUCCCCAGAGGGCUCCCAUAGCGGCACUGGGGCCAACCAGGAUGGCUGGGAGGGCCCCGGGGGGGGCAGCAGCGCCAAGCGCUCCGGCAGCAGUGACAGCUGGACCGUCGCCGACGCCUCAGCAGGGAAGAAGAGCUCCGACAGCUGGGACAACUGGGCAUCCGAAGGGCCGUCCAACAACAAGCACAGCACGGGGGACAGCUGGGAGGCAUGGGACAGCAACUGGGAGAACAUGGGUGAGAGCAAGGCGAAGAAGAACCAGCCCAAAGCUGCCGAGGAAGCCUGGGACAGUGCUGACUGGUAGGAGCGGUACUCUGAUAGCGCUCCUCCCCCACGUCGAUGCAGCAUCGAACUCACACCGAUUCCCAACGGUUCCUCUGAAAGUUAAUGGUGCAGUCUAAGAGUAACGUAAGUUGUCUUUAUAGUGUUCACUUUGACUCAACAGUAGUGCAUUUUGUUUAAUCUGUCAGAUUGAUCUCCAUCCACAAAGAUUCUGUCCCCCUCAAUAACUGUACAGACCAAGAAUGAAAAACAAAAAUCUGUUUUAUGAUGCCACAAUUCUCAUUUUUAGUUUGUUUUCCCAAGGAAGCAUUUGUUACAUUACCAAGUGCUUUUUAAAAUGAAAUAUAUUCAGGUAAAUUGUGGAAUUAUAAAAUGACAAGUAAUAUUAUUGUUCACAUAUUAACUGCCUGUAAAAAAAAAUAUGAUUUUUCUGUAUCAUGCUUGUUAUGGAAUGCAAUUAAUUUGGCGCACAGCAGUGCAAUAAAUUAAUAUAACUAACACUUUGACAUUCUGUCGACGUAGCCAAAGGAUUGAAUACACUUGGUUCUUAAAAGUGGACAUUUUACAUACGUUCCAGUGAUGGCAAAUUUGUAUAUACUGUAAGCAUGUAUAAUAGUCUGCUGCAUCCUAAUCUGUUCUGUCUGUCAGAGGCCCUACUAAACUUCAGGUGCUGUUACAUGCAGUGAUAACUAUUGUAUUAUUGUAUUUUCACCUGAACACUGGGAUGGUCACACAGCAAUAAAAUGUGAGAUUAUCCUGCCCUCAAAUUUUAUUGCCAAGGCUCUGUGGAUCUCAGACCUGCAAAGCAAAUUACAAAAAACAGAAAAGUCUCAGAAUUCAAAUCAGUUGUUUGUAUAAAACAAAGCCUUAAUAUUUAGUGUGCCGGCAGGAGUCGGUGAUUGAGGAUUGGAAUAACCGGUUCUUCUGUAACCUCAGCAGCUGAUUGGACACAGCAUAUCCGUAACUGGGGCUGCUGGAAGCUGAUCCAUCCUACGUGUGCAUUUGUCGAAACUCUACUCAGUUUUAGUGCUGUUUCUCUUGUUUCUUGGAAUUGCUCUUGCUUUCUUAACGCUAACAAAUUAGAGUGGUCUCUGGGAAUAAGGUGCUUCUCUCAAGAGUAUCUCUUAUUUGUUUAUUUCCUGCUGUGGAGUAGUGUACGCUUUGCAGUCUAAUGUAUCUGGGAAUUCAUUCUCCACUCCUAAUUGGGGGGAAAAAUGCAUCUGCAAUUUAACUGCAUGGGUAGGAAUCUGCAGUUUUGAUGGUUCCAGUUCUAUGCUGUAAAUAGGUUUAAUGCGCGCACACAGUCUUACUUGUUUGUUUAUAUUGUAUGGGAAAGGUAUUGCGUGACUUGUACUUGCUUGCUGUUCCCAGAUUCAUCACGAUCAGGUGCAAAUACAAUAGUUCCGUAUGUCUGGGCAUGUCGUGUGUAAAUAGUUAAACAUCAUAAUGCUGUUGUGCAACAAAAGAUACAUGGGCUCUAUAAAAAUGUUUCCCCCCCCCUUUCCCUGAAGUGUGAACUUUGCAUUGGUUGUGUAAAGCACCUUCCCAAGGCAGAUAAUUGUUAAAUGCUGUUUUGUUUGAACCUUAAAUUUUACCUUGCUUCCAUAUAAAUUGAACAAUUGCUGUCCUUAGUGUUUGCUCCAUAUGAGCUGACAGUGGAGUGAGAAACAAUGUUAUGACUUGCUCCGCCCUUCCACAUCUUGGUUUAUAUUAUAUAAAAAACAAUCCUUAAUCUCUUCAUGCAAAUUUGCCAUUGUAAUAAGCACAUCUGUUCCAUGCAAUUUUUGUGAAAUACAAGAAGUUGGAAAAUCCCAGACAAAUUGUUCCCUGCUGUGAGAUAUGACUUUUUACAAAUCAUCAAAUGACUUUCAGAUGCAUGAGUGAUGAGCUUGUGCACUUAAUUAUUCAGGACUCAUCACUGCUUUUCAAAUUUUCGUUCACAUGGCUAGUUGCAGCAUAAAGUGUCUAAUAUAUCUCUUGCAUAUUUUCAUCAUUUUGUCAGACAUGGCUGUAAUUAUUAUGGAGAUCAGUAUUUUUAAAAAUAACAAAUCUACUUCUUGGGUCCCAUCUCAAAAACUGUAGUCACUUUAUGCAUUUUUUCACAGAAAGUUUGUUGCAUGAUAUACACCAAUUUGAAUUUUAUGUAAAUGUAUCAAAUUCAUGUAUUGUAGUUUUAUUUUUCAGAAAAUAUAAUUCCUUAAUUUUGUGUUUAAUCAAAAAAAAUAAUUUGUUUGUCUAAAUUAUGUAAAGAUCAAUGGUAGUUUCAUAGUUUCACCAAAUUUGUCCCACAGUCCAAUAGCACCCCCCUCUGGUUAAUGACAUUUACGUUUUCAUUGCAUAUCCUUCCUGUUUAAGACUUUAUUUUAACAAAAUGCAUUUUUUGAAAAUGACAAAGCAUUCCAAGGCCAGAAGAGGUCACUGUGCUGGGUUAAUGUGCAAUAUAUUUUCAUUUCUGAAAUCAAUCUUUUCCCUUUGGGCCUCAAACAAAGCUGGGACUGGCCCAAUGGAGUUCAAACCAUGUAACAAAAAAAAAAAAAAAACUUGAAUGGGUAUCCUUGUUGUGUAGUCCUUUUGUCUGAAAAUAAAGACAAAAAACAUCA